AUGAAUCAACCCAAGGACAAGAAAAACAUGAUUAAAGUUUGCCCAGAGACACGGCUGCUUUCACUGCCCAAUGAGAAUAAUUCUUUUAAUCCCGCAAUGCUGAACAUGAGCAGAAUUAAGGUGGUGAAGACGGAGUUACAGCACCGGUAUCGGCGACAUCGCAUCUUAGCUUUCCUGCAGGGCCUGUACAGCUGCCACUGGAAACGCUACCAGUGGAAAGAGAUAGAGAUAGGUGCCUGUUGCUGUUUGAGGGGAGAGCAAAUAUUUUUCACCUUCUUGUUAUUGACGUUCUGCAUAUCAUUUGUAUUUCUGUACAUGUGGCUGGAGGCAAAGAAUGACUACGGCAGCUUUGACGCGUUCAUUUUCCAGUUCACAAAAUACUGGUUUUUCUGGUCCUUCUUUCUGGUGAUUAUAGCCUCAAUCAUGUUCACUUACGUCUUGCUGCUCAUGAUGAUAGGUCUAUGUUUGUUAACAGAAGGGCAGCAACCUCACCUGCACUGGAGCAACAAGAUUGGCAUCCUGCUGGUCUUGUCCAUAUGCAUCUUUGGUAUGGUGGCCAUAACUCUGUUUUAUGAGGAAAAAUGGAAAGCUGCUGAGUUAUCACUACAGAUGACUGCUCCCUACUUACAUAUCUUUGGAAUAUGCCUGAUGGUGGCUUUCUCGUGGCCCAUGGGCCUCUAUUUUGCCAAGCUGAAUGGAGCAGCUCUCCUUGAGAUGAAGCAAAGCCGGAGUGGAAACUUGAAAGACUCUAGGAAAAUAAUGCAUAUUAGAGCUAUUCAGUUCAUCAGUCUUAUUUCCUUCCUGGUCGUUCUUCUCAUUAUCUACAUCAUCCCCCUAGGGAUAAGUUCUCCCUGUAUCCGAGAAAACAAGACCCUGGCACCCAAACCAACUUUCAUUGGGCACAGAGGCGCACCAAUGCUGGCCCCAGAGAAUACCCAGAUGUCCUUUGAGAAAGCUAUUGAACAUGGUGCCACAGGGCUGGAGACCGAUGUCACCGUCAGUUAUGAUGGUGUGCCUUUCCUCAUGCAUGAUCACAACCUGAGAAGAACAACCAAUAUCCAUGAAAUCAUGCCAGAUCUCUCUAGCUUGCCUUCCUCUAUGUUCACCUGGCAAACCCUGGAAACCCUGAACUCAGGUCAAUGGUUCUUCAAGGCCCAGCCAUUUAAAUAUAUGCCACCACUGACAAAAGAGGAUGAAUUGAUGGCAAAAAAUCAGUCAAUUAUGAAGCUAAGCAAUUUCUUGAGACUUGCAAACAAGGAAAAUAAACUGGUGAUAUUUGAUCUCUACCGUCCCCCAAGGAAACAUCCUUACAGAGAUAAAUGGAUCAUUAGAGUGUUAGAAGUGAUACUCAAUGAAGUUGGGAUAAAAAACCAUCUGGUUCUUUGGUUGCCAGGGCAGUUCAGGGCAGAUGUCCAAAUGAUAGCUCCAGAUUUCAAACAAGUACUGGGAAAGAAGUUGCCUCUUUUUGACCUCUUGAGAAUGAAAAUUGAUGGAUUGAACCUUGGUUACAAGGAUAUAAACAGCAAGGAUAUCAAGGAAUAUGAAAAAUAUGGCAUCUUUACCAACAUCUAUGUGAUCAAUGAGCCCUGGUUAUACUCCCUGGCCUGGUGUGCGGGGGUUCAUUCAGUCACCACCAAUACCAUCCAUAUAUUGAAGAACAUUAAACGCCCAUUCUUCUUUAUGACACCAAAAGAGUAUAUGUUAAAAUGGUUAAUGCUGGACUUCAUCUCUGCCAUCGUCAUUCUGCUUGUGUUUUUUUACCACUGGUGGAGAGAGAAAGGAUGGUAUGAACUGCUUGUGAAAAAGAAAAGCCCAGUAUUUCCAAUGUCCGGGGUUACUGAUGUUGAAGAGAAUACUGAGGAGAUCCAAAAUCAAGAUGAAAACAAUGAAAAUCAGGAAGAAAUUCCAGUAUCACCAAGUCCUUCUGAUGAAAAAAACCCAGGAGAUUUUUGGGAAUCCCUCUUAGAAAUGAAAUCAAAAAACCUGAAAAUGACAAGGAGCCUCAGCACAGAGAGUGUUAUAGGAUCCAAUGAUGAAGACAUGCCAGGAAAUACGUUUCCUACAAGCAUAAACAAAGACCAAGUGAAAGGAUCAGCGGAAGAAGAAGUACUAGGCAUAUCUCAUUGCAUAGGAGAGGAUAAAGGGGAUAUAUUCGAAAAUGAAGAUGAUCAGAAAACAAAAGCUAUCAAUAAAAAUUUUUAAACUAUUUCCCUAAGUCUUGAGUUUGCUUUGGUAGAUUGCCAUAUAUUUUAUGUAUAUUGUAGUACUUUUG